GUCCUCUUCCUCCUCCUCCUCCCCCACAAGAACCCGGGAGGGAGGGGCAGGGAGGCGGGGAGGCCAGCGUUUGGCGAGGCCGGCCGGCCAGGCGGGCUAGGAGGGAGGACAGCGCCCAGCCCCGGCCCGGCCCGGCCGCCUUGCCAUCUGGAUGCAGAGGACCGACGCAGGCAGGAAGAAGGCAGGUGAGGAUGAGAGAGACGAUGUCCCGUCCAACAGCCUGACAGGGUGACGUGGAGCACAGCAUCCAGCAGGAGGCCGGGCACCAACCUGCCGUCUACACGACGCAACCAUGCUGAAGCCCAGUGGGCUAAAGAUCCCCAACCGGGGCGGGAAGCACUCCAGCCCCGUGGGCCGAACCUCUUCCGGGUCAUCCUCGGCUGUGGCCACCACUGGCUCUAAGGAAGGCUCUCCUCUGCACAAGCAGCCGUCCGGGCCCGCGGCCGCCAGCGCCCCCCCCGCCGAGAAGCCGUGCCCCAAGGUGGCCGAGGUCGGGGAUGACUUCCUGGGGGACUUCGUGGUGGGCGAGCGGGUCUGGGUGAACGGGGUGAAGCCCGGCGUCGUCCAGUAUUUGGGAGAGACUCAGUUCGCACCCGGCCAGUGGGCUGGAGUGGUCUUGGACGACCCCGUGGGCAAGAACGAUGGCUCCGUGGGGGGCGUCCGCUACUUUGAGUGCCAGCCGCUGCAGGGCAUCUUCACCCGGCCCUCCAAACUGACGCGGCAGCCCACCGCCGAGGGCUCGGGCAGCGACGCCCACUCCGUGGAGUCCCUGACCGCCCAGAACCUGUCCCUGCACUCCGGCACGGCGACGCCCCCGCUGUCCACCCGCGUCAUCCCCCUGCGGGAGAGCGUCCUCAACAGCUCCAUGAAGACGGGCAACGAGUCAGGCUCCAACCUCUCGGACAGCGGCUCCGUGAAGAAGGGAGACAAGGACUUGCGGCUCGGGGACCGGGUUCUGGUUGGCGGGACGAAGACAGGCGUGGUGCGCUACGUUGGGGAGACAGACUUCGCCAAGGGGGAGUGGUGUGGCGUGGAGCUGGAUGAGCCCCUUGGGAAGAACGAUGGGGCCGUGGCAGGUACCAGGUAUUUCCAGUGUCCCCCCAAAUUUGGCCUCUUUGCUCCCAUCCACAAAGUCAUCCGGAUUGGCUUUCCGUCCACCAGUCCAGCCAAGGCCAAGAAGAGCAAAAGGAUGGCGAUGGGCGUCUCGGCUUUGACCCACAGUCCCAGCAGCUCCUCCAUCAGCUCAGUCAGCUCUGUGGCUUCUUCUGUUGGGGGCCGGCCUAGCCGCAGUGGUCUGUUGACAGAGACUUCCUCCCGCUAUGCCCGCAAAAUCUCAGGCACCACAGCCCUACAGGAGGCUCUCAAGGAGAAACAGCAGCACAUCGAGCAACUACUGGCCGAGCGAGACCUGGAGCGGGCUGAGGUGGCCAAGGCUACGAGCCACAUCUGUGAGGUAGAGAAGGAGAUAGCCAUCCUGAAGGCUCAGCAUGAGCAGUAUGUUUCAGAAGCGGAAUCCAGCCUCCAGCGGGCCCGGACACUGGUGGAGAGCGUGCAGAAGGAGAAGGUGGAGCUACUGAACCAACUGGAAGAGGAGAAAAGGAAAGUAGAAGAUCUCCAGUUCCGAGUGGAAGAAGAAUCCAUCACUAAGGGAGACCUAGAGACUCAGACGCAGCUGGAACAUGCUCGAAUUGGAGAGCUAGAACAGAGCCUGCUGUUUGAGAAGGCACAGGCAGAAAAGCUGCUAAGAGAGUUAGAGGACAACCGGAUGACGACGGUGGCCGAGAAGUCGAGGAUCCUGCAGCUGGAGGAGGAGCUGAGCCUUCGGCGGGGGGAGAUCGAGGAGCUCCAGCAGUGCCUGCGGCAAGCGGGCCCCGCGGACCCCGCGGACACCAGCCCGUCCUCCGAGGCCCUGCGGCUGCGCGAGCAGCUUCUGUCCGCCAGCAAAGAGCACCAGAAGGAGAGCGGGCUGCUCAGAGACAAGUACGAGAAAGCCCUGAAGGCCUACCAGCUCGAGGUGGAGAGGCUGAAGGCCGCCAACGAGAAGUACGCCCAGGAGAUCGUGGACCUGAAGCACAAAGUCCAACAGGCCACCAGCGAAAACAUGGGGCUGAUGGACAACUGGAAGUCCAAGCUGGACACGCUGGCUUCGGACCACCAGAAGUCCCUGGAGGACCUCAAGGCCACUCUCAACUCGGGCCCCAACACCCAGCACAAGGAGAUCGUGGAGCUGAAGGCGGUGAUGGAGAGCAUCAAGCUCGAGCACCAGCUGGAGCUGGGCAACCUGCGGGCCAAGCACGACAUUGAGACCGCCGUCCUGGCCAAGGAGAAGGAGGGCCUCCUGGGGAAGCUGGAGCAGGCCCGCGAGGAGCUGGAGGAGGUGCGCCUGCACUGGAAAGCCCAGCUGGAAGCCAGGUCCAACCAGCACCUGCUGGAGCUGCAGGAGGCCAAGGAGCAGUGCAGGGACGCCGAGCUGCGGGCCCGAGAGCUCGGCAAGCUGGACGGAGAGUGCAAGGAGCAAGCCCAGGCCAUAGAUUUCCUCAAGGAGCAGAUCUCCCUAGCGGAGAAAAAGAUGCUGGACUAUGAGGCGCUGCAGAGGACGGAGGCCCAGAGCAAACAGGAAAUCCAAAGGUUACAGGAAAAACUCUUGGUGACAGAAAACAAACUCCAGGCCAUGGAAUCCCUCUGCUCUUCUCAGCACUCUGAUGUGAUCGAGACAAAUGACAUUUCAGAAGAGAAGAUCAGAAUGAAACAGACCAUGGAGGACCUACAGGACAAGCUGAGUAAGAGAGACAAAGAGGUGGCGUCCUUGGUAUCGCAGACCGAGAUGCUCAAGGCCCAAGUAAGUGCACUGGAAGGCAAGUGUAAAUCAGGAGACAAGAAGGCAGACGCCCUCCUAAAGGAGAAGAAGCGGCUGGAGGCCGAGCUCGAGGCUGUGUCCCGAAAGACCCACGAUGCCUCUGGACAGCUGGUGCUCAUUAGCCAGGAGCUGCUGAAAAAGGAGCGGAGUCUGAACGAGCUGCGGGCUCUGCUGCUCGAAGCCAACCGCCACUCCCCGGGGCCUGAGAGGGACCUGAGCCGCGAGGUGCACAAGGCCGAGUGGCGGCUCAAGGAGCAGAAGCUCAAGGACGACAUCAGAGGGCUGAGGGAGAAGCUGGUGGUGCUGGACAAAGAGCGAUCGGCAGCGGACCAAAGGCGCUAUUCCCUGAUCGACCCGUCUUCGGAGUCGGAGGUCCUACGGCUCCAGCAUCGCCUGGUCAGCACGGAGGAUGUCCUUCGCAGUGCUCUGGAACAAGGCCAACAGAUGGAGAAGCUCAUGGAAGCCAUGAGAAGUUCCCCGGAGAAAUCCCAGACCAUUGGCAAUUCUGGUUCCACCAAUGGCAUCCAUCAACAAGACAAGACUUGGAAACAAGAGGAGAAGCACUGACCUCGGAGGAGAAGGUGGAGAGAGGCCCAUUUCCCGCCCGGAUUCACUUCGCUUGCCUGGGCAGCCACGCACCCUCCCGUCCGUCUCCGGCUUCUCCUCCGGGCGCUUGGCCGAGAUUGUCCCUUCUGCGACAGGAAUGGUGUUUGUAACAAUAGUGUACUAACAGAUGUGGACAAUCCCCCUCCCCUGUCCCCCGUCCCCCUCCCCCCCGACCUGGAGGAGUCCACAGGCGCGGGUUCUGCUGGAAGGAGCCAGUUGGGCCCUUCCAUCCUCCCUGCCCCCUCCCCUGUGGCCUCCAGGCCUGAUCUGGACACUCGAGGAAGCCCUGGAUGGCUUCUGGAAUCCAAUUUGCAAGGUGUGUGUGUGUGUGGUUGGGAAGACUCUGGCCUCCGAGAGUCCAGAAUCACGACACCCCCCUCUCCCCCCGCAAUGAACAGGAGCAGUUUGGAGCGCGGCCCCUGAGGAGCUGGGCCCUCCUCUCUCCCUGGCUUCCCCCUCCCCAGCGAGGCCUUGACCUUGAGAGCCAGGAAGCGGCUGAGCUACCGCAGGAUAGCUGCUGUUCUCCAAAGGGUGUCUGGGAUGACUGACUCCCUGCCCACCAGGGGAGACCAAUGAAGCCGCCAGCUGAGACAGAAGCACAGGCUGUGGGAAACGUUCCUCCCGGGGGUCCCCUCGCCCCUUCCUCCCUGCCGUGUGACACCGCUCAUGGUACCGAGCCCCCUCCUCGGCCAACCUCAUUUCUUUUUCAUACACGCCAUUCCUCCGUCUGGAGAAUUUACUGUGUUACGGUGAGUCAUCCGACUCUCCAGCUUCCCUUCUAGUGUCUUAAGCCCUCCCCGGUCCCUCUGCUUAGCUUCCUCCGGCUGUUGGCACGAGCUUAACGCUAGCCAGCACGCGGGCGAGAGAUUGUGGCGCCGGUGGGCCGGCCCCGUUGCCAGCGGUGAGCCCGCCGGGGGGGGGUGGAUGCCCCGAGCUCUCAGGCUUAGGGAACGGUCGUCGGGGGUAGGUCGGCGGAAGGGGAAGACGCAAGCCGGGCAGGCACCAGCCUCCAAAGCCCAUCCCUGCAUCCCCACGGUAGGCUGCCACAGGAACUUUGCUGGGGGAGGGGGAGGGGACAGGAGAAGUUCCUGGAAAGAUCUGAGUCAGGAUCUUCCAGGGGAUUGGCUCUCACCUCCAUCCCACAUUACUUUCAGACUUGUUCGUUCGGACCAAAGUGAGGUGGACCAGCAGCCAGUUCUGGGCUGCUCUCGGGCUUUCCCAAACCAAGUCCCAACUCCUCGUGGGGAACAUCACCAUCUUCCCUCUCCUCUUUUUACCUUUCUUUGGAGCUGAGGAAGGGGCAGUCCCAUUAGACUUCCCAAUUUCCAGCUGUCACUCGGGCAGAGCAACCACCUGGGACCCAUUCCUGUAGCUUGGGGAGAAGACAAAUCAUGAUGUCCUUGAUCUAGAACUGGAAGGAACCUGAGAGGCCAGCUACUCCAGCCAGCCCAUUAUAUAGAUGAAAAUACUGAGGUUAGGAAGAUCUAGAGUUAACAAGGCCCUCAGAAGCCAUCUAACACAACCUCUUGUUUAGGAAACUGAGGCUCAGAGAGGUCAGAGGUAAGAAAGAAGCUUCUGUCCAGGCUGGUUGAUGGACGUAGUUAUCCAUGGGUCCAACAAAGGAUGACAUUCUAGGAUUUAGAGCAGGCUGGGACCUCAAAGAUGAUUUCAUUUCAUUCCAUGGUUACAGGUAGAUAAAUAGGCCACAAGGGAGGACACUUGGAGAGCUGAGAUUCGAACUCAGUCCUCUGAACCCAAUGCUAUCAUCCCCUGUGGUCUCAGGUGUAACACAUCCUCAUUCUAGCUUUUCCAAGCUGGGAGGAAGGCCCCGUCAUGGAACCCUGUCUGGUGGGGAGACUGUACUUCUCUCCCACUCUGCCCCCAUCUCCUUCCUCUCAACCAAUCAACUGGACCAAAAUCAGGAGCCUGGUCCCGGCCAGAGAGAUCGCAGUCCAAUCUCCGCUGGGUAGUCUAGGGGUUAGAUUCAGUUCCUAUCCAAAUCCAAGGGAGGAUUAUCUCCAGCCAUAUUUCCCUAUGAGCUUCAGAAAGACCCAGGAAGGGCUCACUGUUGGAUGGGCUCCUCUAUCAGGGGUUUUAUGGGUAUGAAAUUCUCAAAAAGAGGCUCCUUCCCUCACCUUAAAAAACAAAACAUCCUGACAUACUAGUAUCUAAAGGGCAAAUUCAUUUUAUAAACAUUCACUUAGCACUUACUGUAUACGAGGGAGUUCCCCGUGUUGGAGAAAUGGGCCGGAUCUCCAGGUCUCAGAGGCAGAGGCCGGGGUUCUGGUCUCGGACUCGGCAAGACCCAGUUUGAAUCCGCUUCUGACACUUAAAUCCCGUCUGGGCCCCACGGGCCGCUAGGAUUUGGGCGUCGAGUCACAGAUGGAUUGAGAUCUGCCCCAGUCGGGGAGUUUCCACGAGAGGCGUGUGCUCUGACGGCACACGCUCUUUCUGUAUUCCCGCCUGUGCAGCAUACAUACCGAUGCAUGGAUCUGCCAGCCAGCGGCUCCCCCCGGGACUCUGAGGCGCUAGAUUUCCAUUUGGUGUCUAUCUCCUGAGAGCCCAUUGGCCCCCUCCAACCCCCAGCUCUAGGGACCCCAGCCCUUCUGGCUCACUGGGGAGAUGACCCCUGUUUUGGGUGGCAAUUGGUGUCUCCACUGAUGGGCAGCAGCCAGGGUCAGGUCCCCAGGCCUUGUUCUUUCGAAGCACUGACCACUUCUUUCCCAAGGCCAUCUUGUUUCAAUCUCUCUGCUCUAUGGUGCCCUCCGGUGGCGGGGCAUCCAAUAAAAGAACCAAAGCUCUUUGCAGGCCAGCACUUACCCAGCUCCUCUGAGGCUCCCAGGGGCUAGAGCUGGGAAGACCCUCAGAUCAUCGAGUCCAGAGAAGUGGUGACUCGCCUUCAGUCACACAGGGUAUAAGUCCAUGAGCUGGAAUGGAAUCCAGGUCACAGAAGGAAUGAUCGAAUUAGAGCCGAUUGGGACCUCAGAAGCCAUCUAGUCCAACAACCUCCUUUGAGAAACUGAGGCCCAGGUCACACCGGUAGCAAGCUCAAACUCAGGUCCUCCGACUCCUAACCCAGCUUCUCUUUGCACUAUAGUCCAGGCAUUCUGCCUCCAAAUCCUUCCUUUGAUACCAGGCUGCCUCCCACCUAGGAUUGCCAGGGGACCCAGGCCAGUAGAAUAGCCUCCCUCUGGUCGUGCUGGUCCUCAUCUCCCCUCGCGCAGAACAGUCUCCUUCCCCUGCUUGUUCACUGCUGCCUUCCUGCCACGUAGAACCUCAGUGAGACGAUGACAUCCCCAGUCCCUCUUCCCUUGUCCUGCUGUGACGUGAUGGGAUGGGCCUCUGAGUCCCAAGGCCGUGGGCUUCAGAGCUCUUGCAUCGUGGAGUGCAGAUCUCAUCUGUUGGGGAGGAGGAAGCCGACAUAAGAGCGAUAGAGAAUUUUCUCUAGUGAGUCGGGGCCCCUAGGAAGGUCGUGCCCCAAGAACGAUGCCCAGCUUAGGUGCCCUCUCAGAUGUAGGAACUAUCCCCCCAUGUUCGGUGCAGAUUCACAUCCCCUGAUGUGCUGAGCAAAGAGCGACACUGGCUAGGCCGGACCCCCUACCCCACCUGGAUCUUGGGUGUUUUCAUUUAAAACGACAACAUGUUCAGGAAACUUAACAAUCUAAUCCAAGCUCAAAUCCUCUGUUACUUCCAUCGGGUUCUGGGAACUCUCUAGGAAGGGAAGGGUUAACCCACUAAAAUCUUAUCCUGUCAACGGAAUCAUGGCAGCUGCGGAUGGGUGGGCAGAAGUGAGGUAUAUCAUGGGAGGGGAGGGCCCGCUUACUUGGGCCAACACGGUGCAAGGCUCACCAAGUCCUUUGGGGAUGGGGCCGCAUCUAACGAUUUGGAUGCUGAGAAUCACGGAGAGAGAGUCGUUUCUCUGAUAACGUCUACUUUGGGGGGCUUGGUUUUGUUUCAUUUGGAUCUUCCUCUGUUCGAAUGUCGUACAAACUGAUGAAUUUCUGAUUGUGUCACUCGGGUCUGUUGCCAUGAAUCACAGCUUCUCCCUACCCUUCUGCUCCCUUCCCCUUCCUGAAACUUGAAUUGAUAAAAGUGUGGUGAGUUCCUACUAAGAACAAUAAACUUGUGGCUGAGGUCUGGGA